UGAUAUAUAUUAAUUAUGUCUCUGGUUAUAACACAGACAAAAAAUUGCUAUCCGGGACUCUUGGUCUUACUAGGUUUACCGCUUGCCUACAAACUGAACAGAUUGAUGGAGGAAACGGUGAGAUGCAGACAAGAGUUUAUAGAAGAGACAAAGGCAUUUCUGCAGACCUGCCAGAACACAUUCAGCAGCCUUCUACAGCAGUUGAAUUGGUCUCCGUCAAAUUUUGUAGAGCAAAAGGAGAUGGGAGUUUGCUGCUAUGACUCGGGACAUAUUAUGAGUAAGCAGGAUCUGAAGAAACACGAGCCAAUAUGUAAAUUUACCUCAAGAGGUGUACCAAAGACGGAGGCAAUGGAUGAAUCAAAGAGAACAUCACAGUUUUUCUAUGAAAAAAUGAACAGUGUCUGCAAUGUUCCUAUUGACCGGGACACCUUAAACAAAGUGUUGUGGGAGCACCAUGUGGAACAUCACUCAAUAUUUUAUGGCAAGAGUGAGGUCCCUUUGACUACAGAGGAGGAAUGUAUAAUGCUCACUCCCAGUGAACGUGGAGCCCUCCAUAGUUACAUAAGAAACACAGCCAAAGAACAACACAAAGUUCAGGGAUUGGAAACGGAUAUGCUGCUGACAGCUGAUUUCCAGGAAAUUGUCAAAAAGAAAGCUCUAGAGGGGCAGAACUCUAAGCCUACGAGUUACACAGAGUACCUGAAGGCCAUGCGAGACUACAAGAGAAGGAGACAGUCCUACAGAGCUAAGAAUGUUCACAUCACCAGGAAGUCCUACACGGAGAUCAUCAAAGAAGUCAUUGAAAAUCAAACAGAAUAUCUCACAGAGAUUUUGAAACAAGAUCAGGAAGAAGAGAAACAGGCCAAGAAAGUAGACACUGAGUCCGAACACACCAAGGAUGUACAGAAAAAUGAAGAAAAAAAGGUGGAUCACAGGCAGAAAGACUGUUCUCAUCCUAGUCAGAAUGAUGGUGGCGAAAACAGAAGUCGUGAGACAUCUCACCACAGAGACAGACACAGGAGCAGAAGUCGACACCGAGAUAGAAGCAGUGAGCGUGACAAGGAGAGGAGCAGGAAGAGAGAUCGAGAGCACAAAAGCAAAAGUCGAGAUCGUAGUAAAGACAAACAUAAACGCAAACACAAACAUAAGCACAAACAUAAAAAGUCUCACCAUUGAGACCGCAUUCUGGCUAGUACAGGUUAACCAUCACUUGUGUGUCAAUUGAUAUUAAAGCCUUACAUGUACUUGAUAAGAGUUCUGUAUAUUAUAUAUGUGGUUGUUUUAUGGAGAUAAAAGUGUUUAUAUCAAA